AUGGUACUUGAAUUAGUUGUAAAUUUAGAAAAUCAUAAGAGGAGGAUAUGGAGUAUUUGCUGGAGCCCAGAUGGGAAUUAUUUAGCUUCUGUAGGUGCUGAUAAAUAUAUUAUGAUAUGGGUAAAAAAAAAUAAUGAGAAGAUAAGAAAAACUAAUAAUAGUAAUAAGAUAAUGAAAAAAGCUUUAAAUAUAUUCGGUGAAAAGACUCAGAUUAAAAGUAAUAUAGAAUUCGAUAUUUAUGAUAUUAUAGAAACAUGUCAUGAAAAAUCUUUAAGACAUAUUGAAUUUUCUAAAGAUGGAAGUUUUUUUGUUGUUGCUUCAUUUGAUUCUAAAUGCUCAAUAUAUAAAAAAAAUAAUAAUGAUAAAUGGGUCUAUUAUAAAAUGUUAGAAGGUCAUGAAAAGGAAGUUAAAUGCGCCUCGAUUCAUCCUUCAAAUAAAUAUAUUGUAACAUGUGGUAGAGAUAAAAGUAUAUGGGUUCAUGCAAAGGGUGAAGUUGGAAAGACAGAUAUGAACAGUAAGAACCAUGCAAGUUAUAAUAAUGAAAGUAAUAAUGAUAAUAAUGAAAAUAAUGAUGAUAAUAUUAAAAAUAAUGAUGAUAAUAUUAAAAAUAACCCUGAUAAUAAUAAAAAUAAUCAUGAUAAUAUUAAAAAUGAUGAUGAUAAUAAUUAUGAUAAUAUCAAAAAUGAUAAUAGUGAUAAAAAUAACACAAGUGAUUUUAUUCUUCAAGAUAAUCAAACUCUAUCAAGCCUUGACAAAAAUAAUAAUCUACAACAUAGUAGUAGUCUAGAUUUCCACUUCGAUGCUUAUCUUACAGCACACACAGAAGACAUAAAAUUUGUCUCAUGGUGCCCUUUAAGUGAAAACACAUUUAUAUCCUUAUCUUAUGAUAAUUCUUUAAAAUUAUGGACUAAAAUAAUGAAUGAGUGGAAUUGUAUACAAACAUUAAACGAGCACACUUCAGUUGUAUGGUGUGUGACAUUUAAUUUUGACGGUUCUCAAUUUGCUACUUGCUCAGAUGAUAAAACCAUUAGAAUUUGGAAGAGUGAUAAAAAAUUAAAAUAUAAUUUGAAUAAGUAUCCUUUUCUAUAUGAAAAAGCGAUAAAGGAUGUAAAAGACAGUUCAUAUAGUAAGGAAACAAGCAAAAAUAUGGACGAAGAAAAAAUUAAUGAUAAUAACACGACAUGUGAAAAUAAAAAUGUAGCACAAAGUAAUGAUACAAUAAAUAAUAACAACAACAAUAAUAGUAAUAGUAAUAGUAAUAGUAAUAACCAUAUUGAUGGUGGUGUUCAGUUCAAUCAAACAUGUGAAGGUAAAGAACCGGAAGAAGGGACCAAUCAAAUGACAGAAGCAAAAUCAAGAAGCAAAGAAAAUAUAAACAAUACAGAGAUAAAUAAAAAUAAUAACCAAGAGGUUGUAAAAUCUAAAGUAAAAAGUGAAAAUAAAAUAUUUAAAAAAACAACCAACUUUUUUAGUAAAUUUAAAGAAAUUAAAAGUAAAAAAGAAAAUGAACAAAAAUACAUUUCAUCAAAUAUUAAAAUAGUAAAUUAUUCAGAACAAAAAGAUGAUUUAAGUGCAUUAUCUAAAGUAUAUAUUCAACAUAAUUUUGUGCCCUUAUAUUUUAAUAAUGGUCUUUUUAAAUAUGUAUAUAAUUUCUCACAAGUUGAAGAUAAUACAAAUAUCAAUAAUGAUUUAAAGAAAAAAGAACAACAUAAUAAAAGUAAUAAUAAUAUAAAAGAUAAUGUUACUAAAAAUAUAGAUAAUGAUAUAAUAAAUAAUAUACAAACUGAUGAAAUAAUUAAUAAUGAUCUUAUAGAUAAAAUUAGUAACCAUACAAAUAUAGAAAAUGAUAAUAAACAAAAAAAAGAAUAUGUUGAAGAUUUUCAAGAAACAUCCAUACAUAUCUCAGAAGAUACUAAUUCAACAAUUAAACAAAAUAUAAAUAAUAAAGAUCAAAAUAUAAAUGAUACAAAUUUUGAUGAUUGGAAAGUAAAUAAUGUUAUACAAGGAUAUCAUAAAAGAAGUGUUAGUUAUAUUGAUUGGAAUGCAUAUGAAGAUUUAAUAGCAGCUUCAUCAUUUGAUAAUUCAUUAAAAAUAUUCAAAAAAAUUAAUGAAGAAUGGGAACUCAUAUCAAAUAUAGAUAAUGCACAUAUGAGUGAUGUUAAUUGUGUUGUCUGGUGCCCUCAAAAAUAUCAAGAUUACUUUUUAUUGGCCACCGCUGGAGAUGAUUGUGUCAUAAAUAUAUGGAAAUACACAAAGGGAUGA